AUAUCUUUGAGUGUGCAUGUGUUUAGGAAAAAUAGCUUGAGCGUUGUGUGUGUGUGUGUGUGUGUGUGUGUGUGUGUGUGUGUGUGUGUGUGUGUGUGUGUGUGUGUGUGUGUGUGUGUGUGUGUGUGUGUGUGUGUGUGUGUGUGCUUGUGAGAGGGCGGGAGAGCAGGCACAUGUUUGUGUUGUAGCCUGUGCAAUGUGUUUACAUUCCACCUCAGUUUUUACAUAUAUAGCACACUGACAACAUUUCUCAAAGAGGAAUCAGAAAUUGCUGUUUUUCACUUUUUUUCAUUCCUUCACUCCAACCUUCUCUAAACCUGCAUGUCAAUCAAUUUCCCUUCUUCCUCAUCCUCCUGACCUUCAUCACCCUUAUCUCACUCCCCUUUAUGACUUCACUCUAACAAAGCCUUUCAAUUUAUACCAUUUACACUUCCUUCUUUAAAAAGAUGCGUCCUUUUUUGUGACUUCUUCCCUCAAAAUGUUUCCUUUUCCCUCAUCUGACGCCUUUGUGUUUCCUCCAACAAUCCUUAAAUCAUCCUCUUUCUUGCUGCAAUUCUCUUUAUCCUUUGAAACAGCCCUGGCCUGAUUCAUUUUUUCUGUCACACGUACACACACUCCUUUCAUCCCUCCUCUAAUUCCUUCAUCCUUCCCUCCUUUCUCCUUCUCUAUCAAGCUCCCUUAGCUGCAACCCCCUCCUCUCUCACACACACUGUCCAUCCCAUUUCCUCACAUUCUUAAAUCCUAAAUGCUUGCCUAGCAUGGAGAAUAAACACACACACUCACACUUGCACACACACAUACAUGGUGUUUGUUAUGGCUGAUUAGGCUGGUAGAGCCAUGGGGCAGUCAACCCAUGGGAGGGGAUGAUGGAGGGAUGGCGUGAGAGAGAAAAGAAGUGUAGAGAGAGUGGAAUAUACAGGAGAAUGGAGGAAAGAAGAAAAUAAUUGUAGAAAGAUAAAAUUGUUAGUUUGUCAAUGGGAAACCGUCACCCUGGUUCUGGGGAGAAUGGUGGGCUUUUGCACGAAUCUUGUACUGUAGUGCGCAGAUGUGAAUCCGUGGUUGAAGUUGUCAUCCAGUAGAGGGCGGAGUGAGGGAGAAAGAAGUGAGGAGUGGAGGGGAAGCUGGAGCUGCAGAGGGGGCUGGAGCUGCGGAGAGGAGCGGACACGGGCAGGAGUGGAUGCCAGGUACCUGCAUCCAGAGUGCGGUGUGGGGGUGAGGAGGCAGGAGUCAAGAGUUCUUCCGGUUGACUUGAAGAGGAAGGUGUCGUUAUUUGAGAGAAUUUGAUUUUUUUUUCAUCCAGAGGCAAAACAUCCAAAACACUCAUACGUCUUAAGAAACAGCGGGAGAUGCAUUACGUCAUAGCCGCCCAUCGACCUAGAUGACCGCGCGAACAUGACGGGAUGAUGCAGGGCUGUUGGACUGAACCCGCCGCCGCCGCUGCUGCUGCUGCUGCUGCUGCUGCUGCUGCUUCUCGACAGCGUCCGGUGGCGGUCUCUCCAGCGCUCUGAUGGCUCCUCUCGCCCGGGGCGGAAAAGAGACACAGCAGUCGCCGCUGAGCGAAAGGGAAGGGGACAGCAGGUAUCGGGGAAGUGACGUGGUAUUCGCGCCCCACCAGCAGCCAAAACGGUGCGCUUGUCGUGCUUCUCGCAGGAGGGCAGGAGCGGGAAGGGGAACAUGGCCGCGCAGUCGGACGGCGGCAAAGGAGCCGGGGUCGGGUACGGCGGCGGCGGCUUCGCCCAGUUGUACGACGUCGACGCCGAGGAGCCGCUGGACUCUGCCGCGAUCCACAUCUGCCAGUGCUGCCGCACCUCGGCGUGCUACUGGGGCUGCCGCUCCGCCUGCCUCGGCUCUCUGCUCGGGGGCGGUCAGCCGGUCGGAGGGGUCGGCAUCCGGGAGACCCACUGCCCGCCCCGGGAGCAGCUGUGGCUGGACUGCCUCUGGAUCAUCCUCGCCCUCCUCGUCUUCUUCUGGGACGUCGGGACGGACCUGUGCCUGGCCAUGGACUACUAUCAGAGGCAGGACUUCCUCUGGUUUGGCCUCACUCUCUUCUUUGUGUUGGUGCCAUCGGUGCUGGUCCAGAUCCUGAGUUUCCGUUGGUUCGUGCAGGACUACACCGGCGGGGGGCUCGGGGAGGUGGAGGGUCUCACCAAGCGGGGCACGGUGGCCCUGGGGUGCCUGUAUCCCGGUAGAGACCGUCUGCAGCUGGCCACCAUCUGGCUGUGGCAGGCCACCAUACACAUUCUCCAGCUGGGACAAGUGUGGAGGUACAUCAGGACGCUGUACCUGGGCGUCAUGUCUCGUCGGCAGAAGGAGCACCAGCGGCGCUGGUACUGGGCCAUGAUGUUCGAGUACGCGGACGUCAACAUGUUGCGACUGCUGGAGACCUUCCUGGAGUCUGCGCCACAGCUGGUCCUGCAGCUCUGCAUCAUGAUCCAGGAGAACCGAGCCGAGACGCUGCAGUGUAUCUCGUCCCUGGGCUCCCUCUUGUCCCUCGCCUGGGUUCUGGCCUCCUACCACAAACUGCUGCGGGAUUCCCGCGACGACCAGCGCAGCAUGAGCUACCGCGGGGCGCUGCUGCACCUCUUCUGGCGCCUGUUCACCAUCUCGUCCCGCGUCCUCUCGCUCGCCCUCUUCGCCUCCCUCUUCCACAUCUACUUCGGCAUCUUCGUGGUCGUCCACUGGUGCGCCAUGGCCUUCUGGGUGGUGCAUGGCGGCACAGACUUUUGCAUGUCCAAGUGGGAGGAGGUGCUCUUCAAUAUGGUGGUCGGCAUCGUCUACAUCUUCUGCUGGUUCAACGUGAAGGAAGGGCAGACGCGCUAUAGGAUGGUGGCGUACUACAUCGUUGUGCUGGCAGAGAACACCAUCCUCACUGGGCUGUGGUAUGCCUACAGGGACCCCGUGUUGACCGACUCCUACGCCGUCCCAGCGCUGUGCAGCGUCUACCUGACGUUCGCCUGUGGCGUCCUGGUCAUGCUGCUGUACUACGGCUUCUUGCACCCCGCCACGGCCCACCUCCAGCCGAGCCCCGCCUCUUCCUGCUGCGCCCAGCUCCUCUGGGGACUCCCCCUCCCGCCGUCUGCUCCGCCCACUGCUCCGCCCACCCCGGCCCACAUGGCCAAGUCAGAGACAGAAGAGGAUGUGGCCGAGACGUGUCUCCCCGUCUUCCAGGUGAGGUCGGCACCCCCCACCUCCAAGCCGGAGGGUCCACUUAUAAAGAUCGACAUGCCCAGGAAGCGUUACCCGGCCUGGGACGCCCAUUAUGUUGACAGGCGGCUGCGGAGGACUAUAAACAUCCUGCAGUACAUAACGCCAGCUGCUGUGGGCAUCCGUUACCGAGAUGGACCGCUGCUCUAUGAACUGUUGCAGUAUGAGUCCUCACUCUGACACAUAAACAAGUUGGCACACACACACAUGAGCACAUAUGCACCACAAAGAUGUGUUUGUAUACAUGUUUAGAAGAGAUUUACAAACACAUUCUCACAAGCUCAAAAUUGGCACUUGAUGUAAGCACAUUGACACAAAAGCAAUCUGUCACACUUCUACAAGCACACUGAGAAACAUACACACACACACACACACACACACACACACACACACACACAUUCCUUGUGGGUACCUCUGACCUGCAAGUCCCAUGGCCAUGACUCAACAAGCUGCUUCAGCGCGAGUCCUUCUUUUUCUCUCCUCAUCCAUCUGUACCACUCCUCUGGUCACUCUUCAUCUGUUCUCAUUGAUUCUCAUUGAUUUCAUUUAAUACGUCUGGUGUCAGCUGUGCGGAAAAUACAAAAAAAAAAAAUGGAAACAGGAGCGCCAAUUCUGACACAGGAGUCUUCGACCACCGCAUGUCACUUACAUCGCAUCGCUCACACUCUCACAGGCCCCAGUGGAACAAAAAGGUGCGACACAUGAGAACGAACA